UAAAACUUUAACAUGUGUGAAAAUCUAAAAAUAUUGAAACAGGGUGCUGAAGCUAAGUUGUACAUAUGCGAGUACCUUGGAAGACCCACACUUAUUAAGGAGAGGUUCAAGAAAAACUAUCGUCAUCCAGAUUUGGAUACAUCUAUUACCAAAGAGAGAAUUAAAAAUGAAGCAAGAUCGAUCGUACGCUGUAAGUCAGCAGGAGUCAGGACUCCAGCGUUGUAUUUAGUAGAUUUCGACCGUCGACGCAUCUAUAUGGAACAUUUUCAACACAGCAUUACCGUUAAAGAUUUCAUUAUAAACUUGACAAAGUCAAAUAGUAACAAUAAAGAAUUUACGAACAGUUUAGAUAUUUAUGCUGUAAAAAUCGGAAAAACGGUGAGAAAAUUGCAUGAUAACAACAUUAUACACGGUGAUUUGACUACAUCAAACAUGCUUCUCGUGGAAAAAGACCCUACCAGUUCUGUCAAUGACUCAAAAUGGCUAAAUCAUGACAAUGUUGACUUAGUAAUGAUAGACUUUGGUCUAUCAUACAUUGAUUCAAGCGCUGAAGAUAAAGGUGUUGAUUUGUAUGUUCUAGAACGAGCUCUAAUCAGUACUCAUAACGACUAUCCAGACUUAUUCAGUAAAAUAUUCGAUGCUUAUAAGAGUUCUAGUAAAAGUAAUAUUAAGGAAAUUGUAAACAAGUAUGAAGAUGUGAGGGCUCGGGGCCGGAAGAGGACUAUGGUUGGUUAAGAAGUAUUUUUGUAAAUUGUAAUAAACGGUGCUGAAAGUGUUA